AUGACCUCCUAUCCCUACACACCUACAACACUCCGGACGACCGCGAAACCGCGCCCAUGGGUGCCAUUCAAGCCUCAUGAGGGGCACAUCGAAGUCCCGCCCCUGCCCUUCAAACCCAGGUCCGAUGACUUACUCGGUACAUACAAUAUCAGCACGCAUAUCAUACCUGCAGCCAAUCCCAGAGUCAACCCAAAUAUUCCAGUUCCCGAGCCACCUCCUCGCUCUUCGAAAAAAAGAACCAAGAAAGAUAUCAAGGAUUUAGGGAUUGAACUAAUGGAACAACAGGCCCGGUUAGGUGAGGACGGCUACUCUGGGGUCACAGACGAAAGGUUGCUGUGGAAUUGCGUCAACCGAUAUGUAAAAAGGGACAAGGAGGCCAAAGUCAGAACAAAGGGGAUCACUUUGUUCCUUGUGCACGGUGUGGGUUUUCCGAAGGAAAUAUGUGAGACCAAUUUAUGCUAUUUGCUAGCCGCCUGUGGUGUCAUAGAUGAGAUCUGGUCAUGGGAGUCAGUGCAACAUGGGGACUCUGCUCUGUUAAACAGACAAAAUCUCAGUGCAGUUGAUUGGACUGACGAUGCGAGAGACAUGGCAAACUUUCUCAUCAACUAUAUGCCAGAAGAGGUAGAGACAUCUUCUCUCCCUAUCCAACUUGAUCGAGUUCCUGCAUCCAUCGGUAAAUCACGCCAAAGGAGUGGCUUCUCCUCCCGAACCUUGGCCGUAGCAGGACACUCAUAUGGAGGUUGCCCGGUGACGUUAGCCGCGUUGCAUUUCCCUGCCUUGUUCUCCUCGAUGAUUCUCAUCGAUGCGACGCUUGAUCCCUUUGAAGGAUUUGUGUGGGAGAACAACCAGUACUUGGUUGGGGCUGCUUUGGUAAGGCGCGAUCAGUGGCCAUCACGGGAGGACGCACUGCGUUCCUUUAAAUCUUCACCCACCUUCUCUGUUUGGCAUCCUGACGUCCUUCGGCUCUAUGUUGAUUUCGCACUGUACGAGGAUGAAAGCGGAUGCGUCAGAUUGAAGGUGCCUCCCGUUCAUGAGGCUCUUCUCACUGCGAACCCACAAGCUAGACGUGGAACCUGGGAAUUGAUGGAAAAGCUUGACGAAAAGAUUGAACUACUGUGGAUUUUUCCCGGAAAAGAAAGCCUGGAUGUGUCAAUGUUAAUGGAAUUGAGGAAGCAGCGUGCUUGGCGCAGACCUGCAAAUUCAUCCAACAUCAUCUUCAAGUCAGCUGGCCACCUCAUUCCUCAGGAGUCUCCAGAAGAGCUUGCGCGAGUUAUGGCCGACUUUCUGAACAGGAAAUACGAUAUUUCCUCAGGAAAUCAAAGCUCUAGAAUUGCAUAUACGAACGGGUGCUGUGCGUGA